AUUAAAUGGAGAAAGAAAUUUCAAGUUGCGAAGAAUGAUAAAAAUUUUAGAAGACUUGUGAAAUCUGAUGUUGAAUCACUUUUUGAUCAAUGUAAAGAUUUGGAGGUUGAUGGAUUAACGCCUAAAGCUAAACAACAGCUAGAAAACAUUCAAGAAACCAAGAAUCCAAAUCUUG